AUGAUUUUACUAAGUCAGAAUAAUUUAUACCAAUAUAAAAGCUCUCCAGAGUUGGAAAAGCUAAAAAAAUUGGAAGAAGGAAAAUUGGAUUCAAAUUUUCAGAGCGUAAAUAUAUUAGAUAUUAAGAAAGAUGAAUAUAUAAAGAUAAAUAUGCCAUUAGAUUUUUUUAAUUUUUUUAAAUGUUAUCCAACUAUUAAUUUUAAAAAUGCUAGAAGAAAUUUACAAUACUCAUUUGUAAUUGAUGGAGAGGCGUAUGUGGGUUAUGAAAUGCCUCACUUUGUUGUUUUAGUUAAAGUGGAUUCAGAAUCUGAUGAAUCUCAUUCAUGUAAAAAUGAGACAACAAAUAUCCAUGUAGGGUUAUCGGAAAAAAUGCCUAACAAAAAGGAUCUCGAAAAGUUUAGGGAAAACAAUCAAAACGAAAAUUUAUGCAAGUUUUUGAAAGCAGGAAAUGUGCACAACAUUUUUAAUUUGAGGGAUAAGGAUUGUUGUGAUUAUCUCAAUAAUAAUGGAUAUUGGAAUAGGAGGCGUGAAGAACACAGGAAUGAAGAAAUAAAAAUAACGUCCAAUUUUCACAAUGUAGAUUGUUAUAACGACUACACGUCUUUGUUUAAAAUAGAAGAAAAUGAUUAUUGUUCAGACUGUUAUUAUGUAUACCUAUUUAAUUCAUACUUUUUUGUUAUAUUUGAUGAGUCUAGCCAGAAAUUGAUAAUUAGCAUAUUUUCCGUAGAAAAAUAUGGUUUUGAUAAAUGCAAAAGAUUGGUUUUUAAAUUGAGUGAGCAUGAAGAUUUUAUAAGGAAGAUUAUACAACAAAAGAAAGCUCAAACGAAUUUGACAAAUUUGUGCAAAAGUGUGAAUGAGGAUAAUUCCAAAUGUGAGUCAUUUUUUUUUGAUGAACCACCUGUAGGAAAAUUUCCAUCGAGGAAUAAUUCACCAAACGUUUUAGAUAAAUUUAUAGGGAAUGAGAAUAUAAUUAACUUUCCCCAGGCAUUAUUGAUAAGAGAAAAUGUGACUCCUUCUGGAAGUUUUACGCACAAUGAGGAUAUUCAAACAGGAUGCAAAUGCAGAUUAAAGAAUAAUAACUCCCAUAUUGCAUGUGCAGAUAAAAAGAUAAACAAUUUCUCAACAGUGUGUGUUGAAGAAGAAUCAUUGUUACAAACUGAAAAGGAAAAGAUAAAAAUUUCCAAUAGCAUCAUCUCAGGCGUAUCUGAAUUUGAUGUGGAACAAAUCGAAAAUGAUAUAGACAAAUUGUCACCAUCUCGUUUGACCAAAAAAAAUAACAAUUCAAAUAAUGAAAAAGAAGAGAAGAAUUAUGAUAUAAGGAGAAAUAAACAUGCUUGGCAAAUUAUACUAUCAAACUUUGCAAGAAAUAACUUUUCAAAACAUGAUGUACAAUAUAUUAUAUUGUUAUUAAGCAGAAUUGGGGAAAAUACUAAGCCUAACAUUUUAAUGUCCGAGUCACAGAGAGAAGAUAUGAAAUUUUCCUGGAGGCCCCAUUGGAUUCCCUGUUACAAAGGAGACUGCACACUUUUACAUAAUUACAUUUCUGAGUUGCAAAGAAGGUUACCUUUUGCUCUCCUCCAUGAUAGUGCAUGUGAACAUUCUGGAAGAAAAAAGGAGAAAAGGAAAGUUUUAAAAGCACAGAUGCAGAGGAUUAAUAAAUAUUUCCAAAUAAAAAAUUGUUGGCUUGUAUGUGAGAAAAAUGAAAAAAAUUGGGAACACAUUUUGGAAAAUUUUUUCACAAAUUAUUUUUUUUACAUAAGGGAAAAUAAACUGUGUGAUGUGAACAUAAUGCAUAAUGAGUAUGCAAAGAAGGAGGGUAAAUGCAUGAAGAGAUUUUUUAGAAAUGAAAAAAAAAAAGACAAUACUUAUGGCUGCAUAGGUUAUCGUAAGAAUGAACACAAUUCCAGUGAGUACAACUUCAUUGAAUAUACCUCUAAUGGAUGCAGCGGUAACGGGUACAACAGCAAUAGCGACAACAAUGGAAGUUAUAGCAGCAAUAGUGAUAACAAUGGAAGUUAUAACAGCAAUAGUGAUAACAAUGGAAGUUAUAACAGUAACAAUUACAACGAUGGAAGUAGCAGCAAUGGUGGGAAUAGCAAUAAUGGUGGAGACAGCAGUAAUGGUGGAAAUAGCAAUAAUGGUGAGAAUGGCAGUAAUGGCGAGGAUAGUAACAAUAAUGGGAAUAACAAUAACGGAAGUGAUAAUAAUGAGAAUGAUGAUCCUAACGAAAAUGAUGACUCGAAUGAGAAUGAGGACAGCCAGAAAAAUGAAGACACGAAUGAAAAUGAAGAAUACAAUAGUAAUAACGAAAACAAUAGCAUUGAUAACUACAAAUUUGUUGAUAAAUAUAGUUGUAUGGAUAUUGAAUCCAAAAAAUUUUUAACUGGGGAACUUUUAAAUUCAAGCAAAUAUACGAAUAAUACGAAUAAAAGUGAAAUAAGUACAAAUUAUUUUGAAAACAGUUGCAAUAUUAGUGCGAGUAAUAGUAAUAAUGGAUUCUAUGAAGAAAAUAACAAUUUAUAUUUGAAUAAUGAAGAUGGGCUAACAUUAAUUAGUGUACAACUUCAAAAUGAUCAACGUAGUAGUGUAGACGAGGGUGUAAUGUUAUAUGACAACAUUGAAAAUGGAAACAAUUUAGAUCAUCAACUUUGUAACAGUGAUAAUGUUUUUAACAACAUUAGCAACUACAUGGAAAAUUAUAUUCAAAAUAAUAAUGUACAUGUAAUUAAUGGUUGUAAGAGAGAUUUUUGCAACAUAAAUGAAGAACAAGUACCAUACAAUUACAUAAAUGAUAGCACAAGAAUGAAGGAGGCAAUUUUAUAUAGUACGAGUGAUUUGGUAUAUAAUAGGGAUGGUUUGAAUGUGAAGGAUGAAAUGAACGACGCGUAUGAACCAAACUGUUUAUCCAUUAAAAGGAACAGCUCAGAUGUUGAUCAUAAACUUUUAGGUGCAGGUGUGCAGAAAAAAAUUAACAAAAAAAGAAAUAAAGUAAAAAUGGAAAAGAGCAAUAAAAACCUAGAGGAUGAAAAAAAAGAAGUUUUAAAUAAAGUUUCUCAAAUAACAAGAGUUGGUGGAGUUUGUUUUGAUAAAAAUAGGCAAAGAUGGAUUGCUCAUUGGAAAAUUGAUGGAAAAUAUCACAAGCAUUAUUUUCCAAUCAGUCAAUACGGAUUUGAAAAUGCAAGAGAGAGAGCUAUUAAUUGUAGAAAACAAGCAGAAAAACUUUUCAACUUACCUGAAAUACAGCCAAGAAACAGAUGGAAUCAAAUCAAAGUGCAUGGAACAUCACAUAUUAAGAAAGUUGCGAAAUUACCAAGAUGUGAAGGUGUUGCUUAUGAUGAAUUGUCCCAAAGUUGGGUUAGCACAUUUGUUGUUCAUAAAAAAUUCUCUAUUGAUGAUUUAGGUUUUUAUGAAGCUAGGGAUCAAGCCAUUUAUUGUAGGAAAGUUUUUGAAAAGAUAAAUGCACAGGAUGAUUAUGAGAUCUUACUAAAAGAUAGAUUAGGAAUGAGUAAUGAAGAAAAAGAAGAAUUAGAUGUCUUUUUUAAUAUUGAUAAAAAUGCAUUAGAAAAGUUAGACAUGGGUAAGAACGUAGGAAGUGGUAAAGCAAAGAAUAACGCAGCAAAAAUAAAGGUUAAGCAUAAUAACGAUUUUUCGUUAGAAGGUAACAACAGCGAAAAUAUUAUUAAUGGUAAUACCAAUGCUGAUGUUAAAAUAUCAAAUGAACAAUAUUUAAAAAUAACGCAAGAAGCCAUUGAAAUGAUUUUAAGUAAUAUAAAACACAAGUCCUUACCCGAAAUUAAACUAAAAUUAAUAGAUACUCAAAAGUUUGAGAAUUACAAUACUCUACUUGAUAAACAUUUUAAAUUCAUUACUUCCGUAAAAAACAUAUCACAGUUACAGCCGUACAUAUCCCUGUUCCACAAAUUUAUCAUUUACCACACACUUCCGCAUAAUAUAUCCUUAAGGAAGCAGUUAUUUAUUAUCGAAGCAUUAGAAUGGUCUUCCUUUUUUUCCGGAGCAGCUAGCCAAAAGAUUGACUAA